AUGCAUCUUGCGGCAUCCUUCCCACCGCUCGUGGCUGGACUUCUCCUCAUUGGCGCCGCUCGCUCAGGCUCUCAUAUCCUCCCAGUCCGGCAAAGAAUGCUCGACAUGGCAGCUAAUACACGGCAAAAUGGGGUUGAGUGGGCAGCCGAACUUGCCUCAAAGUCAAACUUUCCCCCAGUUGAUAAGCGCUUAGUCGAUGAUCGAUUCCGUAAAGAAAUAUACGCUGCAGUUGCGCGUUCGAAUGCAGAGGCGUAUGCUUGGACCUGCGAAAUGAUUGUUGACGAGUCGCAUAAGGACCCUGAAUAUGUCAAUAUCAACUGCCCUACUGUGCUCGUGGCUGGAGACUUGGACAUCAUAAGCCCCGUUGAGCGUAGCACUGAACUGUCUAAACUCAUUGGCUCCGAAACCUGUUGGGUGGAAGCAGUAAAGAGUGGACACCAGCCUAUUUUAGAAGACCAGGUUGGCGUAGUUGGUGCCAUGGGACGCUUGUUCAAGUUCAUCAGCAUUGACUAG